AUGACACAAGUUUGGAAUUCUGAACAGACCUCUUUAAAACCUUUUACUUUUCCGGUGCCUGAGACAAGAUUUAUUCAUGCAGGACUGAAUGUGUACAAAUUUAAGAUCAGAUAUGGCAACACGGUUAGGGAAUAGGAAAUAGAAAACCCUGUUGUGGUCACCCAGAAAAUGUCCGAGGCCAUCCGAGUAAUACUCGGGAACCUUAAUAGUUUACACCCAUUUGCGACUGAACACUUGGUCGUGUUUCCUUAUUUAAGUAAAUGGGAAAAGGCGUCAGACCUGAGAUUCAAGCGUGGUGAUGCGUUUCUUUUCCCCUAUCCCUAUGUCUGCAUUGUCUACACAGAAUUAAAUUCAAGACAGAAAAGGUUAUCUCUGGAUGAAACGGGAUACAGGGAUGCCUGUAACUUUGCUGACAGUGCAGGUGAACCGAGUGGGCACGUGGACCCAGAGAGAGCUGUGAAGUGGAGCAGGCAGGAAGGCACGGCAGAAACUUCACAUCUACAGCUCUGUCAUGACAGGUCAGUGAUGAACCGCCUAAACAGCUUUCUGAGUUGUUAG